CUAUCAGAGGGAAUGAAACAGCUGUUUUAACAAUCGUAGAGUCAUCUGGCGGAGCGCGGUUACAUCGUUGAAAGACGUCAGGGUGAUCAGGUAUCCUGUAAAAUCGGGCUGGCAGAGGACAGAGGACUGAGCGAGAGUGUAACGUGCACGGUGCACAGAGUGUUAGUUGAUUAGACCAAAAACAAAUCGCGUAUCGCGUUGCGUGCAGUACCCGCGUUUUAAAGAUGGCCGCUGGAUGUUGUGGAACGAAAAAGCAAAAGUUGAACAACUCGCUGAGCAUACCGUGUAACGGCACAUCCUCCCUGCAAAAUGGUCUACGAAACGGAAUUAUCGCUCAUCCGGAGAUGUGCUUCUUCUGCUUUGACGUCCUUUACUGCCAGCUCCAUCAACUCGAUCCUCCGAAAACGCCAAACUUCAGCAACGAUGCAUUCCCGUUAUUUGUGACAUGGGCUAUUGGAAAGGACAAACGGUUGAGGGGCUGCAUUGGCACUUUCAACGCGAUGCACCUCCACGCUGGACUACGUGAAUACGCAGCGACUAGUGCCUUCAAGGAUUCCCGCUUUAAUCCCAUUACACGAGACGAACUUCCUCGUCUACACGUCAGCGUCUCGAUUCUUCGUCAUUUUGAAGAUGGCGCAGACUAUCUUGAUUGGGAAGUGGGUGUUCAUGGUAUUAGGAUCGAGUUUCACAACGAAAAGGGCAAUAAGCGCACUGCCACUUACUUACCUGAAGUAGCCACUGAACAAGGUUGGGACCAAAUACAAACAAUCGACUCAUUGUUGCGGAAAGGGGGCUUCAAGGGUGUGGUUACACCGGAUAUUAGGAGAAACUUAAAACUGACUCGAUACAGGAGCGAGAAAGUCUCGGUGAGCUAUCAAGACUACAUGAGUCAUUGGCAUAGCCAGCAAUGCUAGCAGCUGGCCCGGAGUCCUUCGCAGGGACUCCCGCCUCGUUACCACCAGCCGGACAUUGACUAUCGGUACAGAAACUCUGAUCCAAGUUAUUAUCGUGCAUCUCAGACUCAGCGCGAUCCGUCGAUCCAGCAAACGCCUAGCAAUUACACAACAAUCCCUCAGCACACCUUAGUCAUGGUACAACCGAGCCACCCGUCGUCUUUCAUUCAUCCGAUCCCGCAACAGCAGGUUCCACCAGCCUUGAUACCGGUACAGAGUUACCCACCGUUCUGGUGGAACAGACACGGACCACCACCCUUCCAGCAACCCCAAUUGUCACAAAAUUCGCGGGAUUUUUACUGCCAGUCGCAGGGUACCUAUGAACAUGGUUUGCGCAAGCGAAAAUGACACCAGCGGCAGUUAUUGCGUGCAACUUUUCACUGUUUUAAAUGGUGCCUGUUAUACUUCGUAUGCUUUAGCAUACACAGUCUGCCAUUCGUAAUACCUUAUACUCCUCCUUGAGGAUGUGUAUUAUUAUUGGAGAGUAGACUUUUUAUCAUACGGUAGGGUAAAAAUUUUCAACGCCGUCAUUUGUCAGACAUUGUCGGCUGAUUGAAGAAAGUAAUUCAAUUUUUUCCAUCAUACUGUUGUUUUGCUGUCUUCUUUAGUUCGUUCUUUAAUGCCUUUGACAAUAUAGCUCUAGAUUAAUUGCGAGCUGAGUCUGUGUGUCAAAAUUGUGUAUAUAUACAUAUAUAUAUAUAUAUAUUAAUGUUCCAGCCGCAAUGAUGCUGUGAUCUGAAAAUGAAUAAUUUUGUCAUAUUAUUCUGUCCGAGACGAUAUUACAAAUGAA